AUUUCAUUCAGUCUCACAGUGCAACCGGACGGGAGUGGUGUUGUGUUAUGUGAUUCUGAAUUUUAUGAAAUUGAAAAACUGUUAUGAACUGGAAAGAAUUUUAAUUUUUGUAGUGCUUAAACUUUAAAAUUUUAAUUUUAUAGUUAUAACAAAAUAUUGACAGAGGACCGUAAAUCUUAAUUUUGUAUUGUUUUUUGAUAAUUAAUUUGAUUUUUAUUUAUGGUUUGUGUACAUACACAUGUGAUCAAUAAAAUAAUCACGACAUUUCUUCGAUAAAUGUGAUCGUGAACGAUGAGACGGCCGUAACAGAGUUAAUUCAUCGCGACACGUAUCAACCGAACAGGCAAAAUGGAGGAGCGGGAGAACGCGGAGGACCAUGGGGUCCCCGACAUGACCAUGAUGCCGGAGAUCACGGAGCAAGCCAUCAACGACAACCUCAAGAAGCGAUACAUACACGACCUCGUUUACACAUACACAGGAUCCAUUCUAGUCGCAGUGAAUCCCUACAAGGAAUUAGGAUGUUAUACAACGGAUCACAUGCAGAAUUACAGAGGCAAAGCCUUCGGCACACUUCCGCCACAUGUUUUUGCACUAGCUGAGUCAGCGUACAGCUCAUUACAGAAUGGUGAAAAGAACCAAUCCGUAGUCAUAUCUGGUGAGAGCGGAGCCGGGAAAACAGAGACCACGAAACUGAUCCUUCAGUACCUCUGUGCAGCCGGGGGACAGGCCUCGUGGGCUGAGCAGCAGAUACUAGAGGCCAACACCGUACUAGAAGCAUUCGGAAACGCAAAAACUGUGCGAAACGACAAUUCGUCCCGUUUCGGUAAAUUCGUGGAGGUGCGGUUGGACCACCGCGGGGGGAUCAAGGGCGCUGUGCUCAGAGACUUCUUGCUCGAACGGGCCAGGAUCACUGGACCUUCGCCCAGGGAAACCAACUACCAUGUCUUCUAUCAACUCGUUGAGGGAGCUAAGCACAAUGCAGAGCUCCGUAACAUCCUUCGACUGCGCGAGGAUGUCCAGUUCAAAUACCUAAGGCCUGAGGAUGGCGAGGCCCACAAAGGUCGAGGUGGAGAACAAGGCAAGCUGGAAGCCCUGCAGCUGGCACUGACCGUGUUACAAGUACCGCCGCACAUGUGUGAGGGACUGUUCAAGGUGUUGGCUGCUAUACUGUGGCUCGGGAAUAUACAGUUCCAGGACAUAGACGGUGAACGUUCAACCCUAGCGGGAGAAGACACGGAGGCGGUGGAUGCGGUCGCCAACCUGCUCGGCUUGCCCCUGCCCACUGCCAAGCGAGUGCUGUUGGAACGGCAGAUCAACGUGCGAGGCAAUGUCACUGAUAUACCGCUGCGGUUGCCAGAGGCUCGUGAGAACCGUCACGCGAUGGCUCGCGCGCUAUACUCGCGUACGUUCGCGUGGCUCGUGCGUCACGUGAACAGUUGCUCGGCGCCGGGCCGCGCCGCGCGCUCGCUCGGCGUACUCGACAUAUUCGGCUUCGAGAACUUCGCCACCAACUCGCUGGAACAACUCUGCAUCAACUACGCCAAUGAGAAACUACACAUGUUCUUCAAUAACUACGUGUUCGCUCUAGAACAGGAUAUUUAUCGCCAAGAGGGCAUAGUGUACAACCAGAUCCAGUUCACGGACAACGCGGCGUGUCUCGAGCUGCUGGAGAAACCUCCUCGCAGCUUGCUGAAGUUGCUUAGUGAGCAGUGUCAUAUGCCUAAGGGUUCAGACGGCGCUUACCUCACAAACAUACAAGGCGAGUUUGGCGAGCACCAGUCCUUCGUGAAAGGGUCUCGGAGGAAAUGGGAGGAGGAGUUCGGAGUGCAGCACUACGCCGGCACCGUCAGCUACAGCGUCCAGGGCUUCGUGGAUAAGAACCGGGACACGCAGCAGGAUGCUUUCAUUGACCACCUCAGCCGGUCUGCUAAUCCGUUCGUGAGGGAGUUGGCUGAUUAUGUGCAAGAUUUGGCACCUCCCGGACAUGAUACCUCGCUAUCGAGUCCAAACUCGACGGGCACGACACAGCGCGGCACGUCCAAAGGCCGGCCCACGGUAGUGGACACGUUCAGGGCGCAACUACAGUCGCUCGUCGAUAUGUUGCAAGCUACUGAUGUGUGGUACGUCCGCUGCAUAAAACCGAACGAGAACAAGGAAGCUGGGAAGUACUCGGAACAGCUAGUGCUGGAACAGCUGAAGUACCUCGGUAUGAACGAGAUAGUCCGCAUCCGACGCGACGGGUACCCCAUACACCUGCCCACGCCGCACUUCCAGGCGAGGUACAGGUGUCUACUGCCGCAUCCAAGGCCUAAGAACCCGGAGAUACAAGCGAUCACAGCAAUAGUGAAUGCACCAAAGGACGACUGGCAAAUCGGUCACACGAAGAUUUUCAUGAGAAGUUCCGUACACGCUCCAUUGGAGGCCAAGAGGUCAGCUUUGUUGCAGUCCUCAGCUCUGAGGAUACAGAAGUGGUACAAGGGCUCGAUAGCCCGCCGUCAGUACCUAACAUGGCGGCGCGCGGCCGUGGUCCUGCAGUCCGCGCUCCGCGGCUGGAAGGAGCGCGCCGCCUUCCUGCGCCUGCGCCGCGCCGCGCUCACUCUGCAGCGACAUCUGCGCGGAGCGUUCGCACGGGAGGUCGCCGCCGCACUCCGGGAGAUGAAGAGGGUCAACCAGGAGAUCAAGCUCAGGGAAGAGAGGAACAGCCUACAAGAAAAAGCGAACCAAGAGCGAGCAGAGCUGGAGAACAUGGCUGACCAGCUCCGAGGCCUGUCCUGUCCGACCAGUACACGCGCGGAGUCCGUGAACCUGGACAAUCUGUUCGACUUCCUGGCAGACGUGCCCACACAACGAGGGGCGCCGGACGGACAGCCUGACACACACCAACCUACUAUAGCGGAGAUUGGAGACUCCAUGGAGAGGCUCGCUGAUGAUCUGCAUCAAGAGUUGGAACACGUGCUAGCAGCAGAAAUGAACGAACUGAGCAAGUGUCACACGGAAGCUCAGCGCAAGCCAGACGGGGCGCCGUCAGACGCGAUCCCCCCGCCGCCUCCGUCGACGCUGGCCAUACAACCCAUCGUACCACCCGCGCCACCGCCGCCGGCGUCCAUGACGUCAUCGUACAACGGAGUAAUGAGUGCGUCACUAACGAACGGUAUGACUCCGCCGAACGGGGAUGUGAUGACGUCAUCUCUGACGCUGCCGCCGCCGCCCGCAGUGGAGCCCCUGUCGGAACAGUCCCCGGUGUUCCCGCCGCCGCCUGCCACGUGUACUCUGCCUGAACCUGCUGGACCACCGCCACCACCACCACCCACUACCAAAGAUACAACACCGCCGGAGUUAACCAACGGCAUCAUUCCCAACGGCAAGCUGUCGUUGGUGAAGGGCAAGGAGCCGAUAUACGAGGCAGUGAUACCGCGGCCAGCGCCCGAACAGGGCAACGAUCCGUCACCGCCGCCUCCACCUCAACCCACUCCUCCUGAGACCAAUGGGUUUGUCCGCAAAGAGGUGCAAGUGGAGAUGGAGCAGUGUAACGCGCCCCUCCCUCCCCUGCCUCCUGUAGACAACGCCCCCACCUCACCCCCUCCCGUGCCCAUGGACACCUGCAUUAGUCCACCGCCCAUGAUGAAUGGAGACUCUACGAGCAUCGACCGUAACGCCCGCCGCAAGGAGCGAGUAGAGCGGCGCCUGCACCAGAUCGAGGCGCAGGCCACCACCCACCCGCCCACCACGCCACCCGCUGACGUCACCAACGAUCUCUCAGAGUUCGCCAAACUCUACUUCAAUGAUCAUCCGCGAUCGCCUGAAGGCACAAUAAUGGCGACGCUGACCCGCAAGAGCAAGUCGAUGGAGUUGCUGACCAAGGAGGAAAUGAUCACGUACCACAAGGGGAACAACAUUCCUACCUCGCACAUACAGCUGCACGACCCGGACAGUGUCACCGCGGCCGUCAAUAUAUUCAGAGAUUUAUGUCGCUACAUGCGCGGCGAGUUGACGGCGGAGAAGGAGACACAAGUGAUACAGUCCAUCAUUGGAAAGGGCAUAGAACGCGAGGAGCUGAGGGAUGAAAUCCUCGUGCAGUGUGUCAGACAGAUAACGGAAUGCCCAGUAGAAGAGUGGGCGGAGCGUGUAUGGCUGAUAUUGUGCCUGUGCGCGGUGGCGUGGCAACCCAGUCGCGGGUUGCAGCGCUACUACAGUGCCUGGCUGCGGUCCCGGGCCAGGCUGCUCGGCCCCGCGCCCGCGUCCCCCGCGUCCCCGGCGUCGCCCGCGUCUCCCGCCGCCCGCGAAGCACACUGUGCCCAAUGGUGCCUGGACAACUGCCGCGGUGCUGCGCCCAGGCAGCUGCCGCCCAGUACUGUUGAGAUUGCUGCGAUGCGUCGUCUCGGCACGAUAGUUUGCCGCUUCUUCUUCCUGGACGGUCGCACGAAGGCGAUAGACGUGCACCCGGCGGACACGGCGGCGGCGGCGGCGGCGCGGCUGGCCGACAAGCUGGGGCUGGGGGCGCAGGCCCGCGCCGGCUGGGCCGUGUACCAGCAGCGCGCCGGCACCGAGGAACAUGUGCGCGCCACGCACUACCUCUAUGAUGUCAUCGCUGCUUGGGAGAUGCAACAAGGUCCGGGCGGCGGUUCAGCCGACAACCGCUUCGUGUUCAAGCGGCGCCUGUUCCGCGGCGGCCGCGAACUGCCGCACGACCCCGUCGAGGUCGCGCUGCUGUAUGCACAGGCCGUGCACAGUGUCGUCAAGAUGGACGAGUUCCCAGUGUCGGAGAAGGUGGCGCUGCAGCUGGCGGGGCUGCAGGCGCAGGUGUCGCUGGGGGAGCCGCCCCCCUCACCCCCUCCCCCCCACACGCGCGCCUACUACGCGCAGCCUGAACAGUUCCUGCCGCAACGCAUCGCUAGAGCUAGGCCGGCGCAACAAUGGGCGACGAUACUUGCCCAAGCGCACCGUCAGUACGGCGCGGGCCGCGCGGAGCUGACUGCCAAGGCGCUGUACCUGUCGUGUGUCAUGCAGUAUCCGCUGUACGGAGUCACGCUGUUCCCCGUCACCUACAAGGGAUACUGGGCUCAUGGCCCCAACGUACUCCUGGGCGUGGGAUCAGAAGGCGUAGUCCUCGUCCGGCCGACAGACAAGGUGGUGCUGGCGGAGUACCCGUACAGCAACAUCGCGGCGCUGCUCAUGGACCCCGUGGACAACGGGCUCACCAUCAGCCUCACGCACCACGGCCAGCACGACGGACACCGGUAUGUUGUACUAGGGCACGAAGACUUGAACACUGGAGGCCAGGACGGACAACGGUGCAUAGUUCUGGAGUCGGCCCAGAAGAACGAGGCGGCGUGGUUGAUGGCGGCGUACAGCCCGGUACUGGCCAACGGGCUGGCGGACGAGCCCCCGCGGCGCGCGGCGCCCGCGUCGGAGCGCUCGCGCCUGGCCGCCGCACUCAAGAGCGCGCGCCGGGCACUCGUCGACUCCGGCAUGCUCAGGAGGCCUACUGAGGCAUCCGCUGGGAACUUCCUGAGGAAUACGCUGAGGAGGUUGAGCAAGCACCGUCUGGAGAAGAUGCGGCUGGACAUCGCGGCGGAGGGCCAGGGCGAGAGCUACAAGAACUUCCCGGCCGGCUACUGGUGCUGGGCGCGCUCGCUGCCGCACUCGCUCACCAAGCUCAACGAGGCCGAGGAGGUCGCCGCCAUGCAGAUAUUUAAGGACAUAAUGAGCCACGCGGGCCUGACAGCCUCGCACGAGGGCAGCAGCACGAACCUGGCCAACAACAACAGCGUGGCGCAGGACUCGGACAGCGACGACCGCGUCGCGCUCGCGCAGGCGCUGCUGCAGCGCUGUCUGCAGAAGGACACGCUGCUGUGCGAGCUCUACAUGCAGCUCAUUAAACAGACGACGGAGCACCCGGAGCCGUGUUCCCGCGUGUCUGCGCGGCACUGGGCGCUGCUGUGCGCGGCGGUGGGCGCGGCGCUGCCGCCCGCCAAGCCGCUGCGGCGCCUGCUACUGGCGCAUCUGCGCUACCGCGGCACCGCGCUGCACCACGGGGAGGAGGGCAAGUUCGCGCGCAGGGCCGAACAGGUGGCUCUAAGCAUAGCCCAAGUCCCCCGUCGCCUAGCAGCGCCGUCGAAGGAGGAAGUGCUGUGCGCGGCGGCGCGGCGGCCCAUGCACGUGCGCGUGUUGUUGCUGGACGGCAAGCAGCACGGACUCGUGUUCGGGCCCGCCGCCACCGCCGACCAUCUCGUCACCAUGCUCCGGGAGAAGAUCGGACUCACUGAUGCUGCUACAGGCUACGCCCUGUACGAGGUGUGCGCUAACUCGACCCCGGCGGGUGCGGGCGAGCGCGCGCUGGCCGGCAGUGAGCGCGUCGGGGACGUACUCGCGCGCUGGGAGAAAGCGGGCGCCACUGCCGCCGCCUGCAGACUGGUGUUCAAGAAGCGCCUGUUCCUGGGCGAGCGGCCGCUGCAGACGUCGUGCGCGGCCGAGAUGGAGCUGCUGUACUACCAGGUGCUGCACUCCGUGCGACACGACCGACUGCCCAUCGAGACCGACGAGGCUGUGAUGCUGGCGGCGCUGCACGCGCAGGUGGUGAAGGGCGAGUGCGCGGGCGGCGGCGAGGAGUGCGCGCUGGCGGCGGGCUGCGUGCUGCCGGCGCGCCUGGCGCAGCCCGCGCUGCCCGCGCCCGCCGUGCGCCUGCACCACCUGGCGCUGCGCGGCACGCCGCCCCAUCUCGCCAUGCAGCGCGCGCUCACGCUCGCCUCCUCCUGGCCGCUCACACGCGCCACCAUCUUCGACGUCAUGCAAUCGUUCACAUCGAACUGGCCGCGCGCCCUGUGGCUGGCGGUGGACGCGCGCGGCCUGACUCUGUUGCGGCGCGGCUCCCGCGCGGCGCUAGUGUCGCACGACCACGACCAACUGCUGGCCGUGUCGCCGGCGCCGCGGGCGUUGCUGCUCGUCACCCGGGCUGACCGGAAACAUGCUAAACUUGUGCUCUCUACUGAUCAGGCGUACCAGAUCGCGACCCUGAUAAAGGACUACAUCGAGGCGGUGCGCGGGCCGGUGUCCCCGGCGGUGGCGGCGGCGGGCGAGGGCGCGGCGUCGUGACACGGGGCGGCCUAGUGCCAGUGCUUCCACGUCCGGCGCUGAGCGCGCUCAGCAGGCUGCACGCAGGACAUGUUCGACACGCGACCGCGCACUACACGACCACGUGAUUUCAAAUAAUGCAUCGAUUUUAACAAAUACAAACUUCUCUCGAAUUUAAAAACAUAACUCGGUCGAUUCAGCGAUGAAGUAAUUUGACGAACAAAUAUAAAUUCGAGACGUUUGAAAUUAACUUUAUAUUUCGAGUCUUCCACUCAGUUUUUUGAGUUCAACUAAAUAAAUCACUUGAUCGUUGUAGUUUGAAAUUGACAAUUGUACUCCAAGGAUACUAAAAAUAGUAGUGUAAUAGUGUCUUUGGAGUUGAUGCGCUCGCGGCUCGAACAAGGUAGGGAAUGCCAAUACAGGAGAAGUGAAUGUUGACGGUGACAGUAAAUGGAUCUGAAUGCGGAAGGCAUUAGCUCAAGCGUCCCAGCGCGGUGCGUACCCACGCGGGCACUCACCGCGCGCCGUUAUAACUCUUUAUUUAAAUAAUUACAAUUAGUUAAAUGUCAUUAUGAACGAAUAAACAUUUACUUCACAGCAACAGGUCUGAUAACAAAGUGGUGUUCGGUUUUGAGUGACAGAAUGGACGAUUUAAGUUGCCAGCAAGACGGGGAAGCAAAAAUAAAAUAAUCCACAUACCUUCAUAGUUGAUAAAUUAAACAAUUUUAAUCCACUAUCUUAUAAUAGUUGUUAUAUUCCAAUCUAUUAAAUUCCUCAAAAAUAUAUGCCAGUAUUAUUACUGUUAUAAUGUUAGAUAAAUGUUGCAGUUAGACUUAUUGACCGUUGAUGUUAAGAUUUGUCUGGUAGAUAGUAAUCAAUCUUACUCCCCUUUAGUCUUUGGUAAUAUUAGAUCCUAUUGUAUUGACAUUUUAGAACUAUAUGUGUUAGAUGUGAGCUCUGAACUAGCGAGAUGUCGAUACGAGCGGCUAAGCCAACCCACUGUAAAUCGUUGUAGCAUAAUGAUAUUCUAAUAUAUGACUAUAUCUGUUGUAGUAAAUACGUGAUAGUGACUAUGUGGAGGGUACAGGCAACUGUGAAGUGAGAGUUGGUGUGUUGUGUAUGUCACCAUUAGACAUAUUGAUGUAUAUUGUGACGUGGCGUGGUUAGUUUGACAAAUAUUCUUACUUCAGUCGCCUGUACGCUCACUGAUAUCUCUGCUAACAUUUCAGAUUCCUACUGUGUAUCCUAUUUUAGUGUAUUUACUCCAGUAUCUUCCCAGUAGAUCACAAUAAAAAUAAGCCUAUUAGCAAAUACACUUUAAACUCUUGUUUUGUGCCUUGUAUAAAUGCUGACAUAACGAUGCUGACUGUCCUCUACACCUCUAUAAAUUGUAUUUAUCAAUUAAAAUAAACGAGUUGUCUUUGACAGUCAGCGUGCAUUAUGUAGCGUAUUGAAUUCAGUGAGCGAUUUGUGCAAAUUUAUUGUGACUGCAAAAUAAUUACUGAUUGUUUCAAAGUAUAACUUCUAUCAUGCAUAUUACACUAUAUUGCACAAUGUUAUGUCUCAAUAUUUUAUUGUAAUUAAAAUAUAUUUGGUAUAUACUAGAGCUAAUUGGAAUGUAAGAAAUUUACUUCGUUAGUAGCACUUAAGAUGUUUAGUCGCUGCGUGUUCUGUGACUUUAGUCGUUAUUUGACGCUACAUUAGCUUGCGCAUUUUAGUAUAGAAUCAGAUUAUUCUGAUCAAGUACAUUGCAAAUAUGUAUCAGCCAAAGUAAACAUUUAGGCAAGUGACAGCUUCAUAUCCAUACUUAGACAAGCAGUAGAGGAACUAGCAGAAUUAAACUAAAGAAUCAGAAACGCAGCGAAAUAAUUUAAUCGAGAUUCGAUAUCCCUUUGUUAUAAAUGGACGUAUUUACACAUAAUAUCGUUAUGUCUAUGUCUCGUUCUUGUAUUACAUAGAGGACACGCGAUAUUUUGAACUUCUUUGGUGCUUACCUCCAGAGUUGCUCAGCUUGUCUCUGAUCUCAUAUUGAGUAUUAUUUAUUUAGAUGCCAUAUUUUGUUUACGAGCAAUAUUAAUUUGAUUAGGUUCUAUUUAUUUUUAAUUAUAUAUUUUGAUAACUUGUAUAUAAAUUGGUGAACCAAAGACUUUGAAUCGUCCCUUUGGAUAUUUUAUCUUUUAUGGAUUCCAAUUACGACAUUUGUAAAUAGUUAUAGACAUAGCAUACUUAUUGACGUGAAAUUCUCAUAAUAUCAUAGAGGCUGAAAUUAUAUUAAAUUAUAUUGGAACAUUUGGCAUUCGAUAUGUUUUGGCUUUCGGCUUGUUUGUAAGUCAAUUAUUUAAUAUUAUUAUAUACUAACACUUGAUGUAUUUAGAACGCAAAUUCACGCUCGUGAUUAUCACAGGACUAGUUGCUUUGCGGACAUUUUCGAAGAAUGAAACAGUAUCAAAUGGAUAUUGGAGUACUUUCCUGAACGUAUUCAAAUAUUUAUUGGUACGACUGUACUUGUCGGUAGCAAUAGCAAGAUAUCAGUUCCGUGGUAAUUACAAGUGUCUACUAACAUUGAGCACUAAUCUAUAGACAAUAUUUCAAAAUUGAUUGUUUCUCAUAGCAGUAAGUUUAUAGUAAAGUAAUAUAGGAUAAUGGAAGUCAGUGAAACAUCGACAAGGACACGGCCACGUGUCUCCUCAUGUACCACCACUCAUACUGCCCAAAUAGACUGAUGGUGUCCAAAUAUUUUAUCAUUUUUGAUGGAUUGUUUUUGUUACAUUGUGUAUGGAAUUUUACCCUAUUAUUUGAAUGCCAAAUAAAUGAUUACAAAGUGA